CCAGUUACUGCAUAGUGAUCAGCUAUGCUGAAGAACUGCAUUAAUUUGCUGGGGCUAGUCUCCCACAAGGAGCCCCCCUCAACAGCGAAAAGGGCCAUUGCUGGAGCGUCCUUCUCGCUGGAAAUAAGCAUACAGUUCGGAGAUAUUUCUCUGGGCUCACAAUUGAAUGAUGUCUCUGUGAGAAUAAUCCAUGCAGGUGGGCGAAUCGAGCUGUACCAAGAUGUGAUUCCUGCAUCCUAUGUGAUGGAGAAAAAUCCUGGCAUGUGCGUUGCACUGCCGGAAGUUUUCAGGAAGCCCCACGAAUCCAUAUUGAGUCCAGAAGAAGAUUUAGUACCCGGCAGGAAGUACUUUAUACUUCCAUCCACCACUGCGAGCAAGCUGAAGCGCAAGUACCAAGAAAAAAUGAAAGCCAAAGAAGCUGCUGCUGAUGAGACAAAGUUGGAUGUGAGAACCAAUGUUAUGAAAACCAAUGUCAACCCAGGCGAAGCACCCAUCGAGCAACCCAUUUGCUUGGCUAAAGAUUUUUACACCUCAAAGGACCGAUGGUCAAGAUAUUCGAGGAGAAAGAGGGGCAUCAGGAAGCAGCCUUUUGUACCCCCUAUACCAAGGGCAAGAACGCUGCGUUCAAUGACAUGGGAGCCGAGCCUGUCAUCCAUACAAGAGCUCUCUCCAUGAUUCUCUUUUGUUUCAGGGCUCCCGGAGUCCAUGGUUGUUGACGUUUACAUACUUCAAUCUCAAAUUUUGUACUUCUCACAGAUAUCAGAUAAGCGAUUUUUCUUUUAUUCUAUGUUGAAUGAUCCAGACAGUCUCAAUUUGUUGGACAACAAAUUAUCCAUUUCCCGUGUAUGCCUCCAUAUUUCUGUUUUGCUGUUGCCCUGAAACAUCUAACAGCGUGUUAGUGAUAUUGAAGUACAAGUAGUUGCACUUGAUCGCAGCUAA